GGCGGGCGAAGGGUGGGAAAGGCAUCGAUCGGUCUGAAUUCGUUGGAAAUCUUUUACGGUGAAUGCAUCUAGCUUCUGACAUAUCUACGAGUAUAUAUAUGAGGAACAUAAGGAAUCUGUCUUGAAUAACUUAGAGCGCAAAAGAUUCGUUGCUUGGCAAUAUAUUCUGCGGCGUCGUUGACACGAUCGCAUUGAUCGUAACUUCUAUAGCAAAGAAUCUGCUAAGUUUCCAGUGGAAAUGAAGAAGUCUUCGUCGAAUUUAAGCGCUUCCACUCCGAGUGAGAUCAGAAGUGAAACAAAAGCAAGAGACCAUGAACUAAAGGUAAUAACAGAGAGAAUCAAUCUUUCAGAGAGAAAUUUCAGCACACUUCUUAGAGACUUUACAGCCUUUAGUGGGGAAUUACAAUCUCUACAAGAAAAAGGCAUGAAACUGUCCAGGAGUGUGGAUAUGUAUUCUGACAAGGAGUACCCUUCAAUGAAAGCAAGUUUAGCUGGCGUCAGUGAGAGUAUUGCCGCAAUACAGGACUUUCUGGGUGCACAGGUGGACUUUAUGCAGGCAAAGGUUUCUCCUCCUCUGUCCCUCAAUGCCACAAAUGUUAAACAUGCAAGGGAAUAUGUAAAGGAACUGUCUGCAUCCAGAGAGAAAGAAUUGCUGAAACGUAAAGCAGUGGAAAAACUUAAAAUCAAAGAGCCCAAAAACAAGGGAAAGAUUUCGAAGGCUGAGCAGGACCUUCAGAAGCUAACAGUUGAUGCCAACCGCUCAAGACAGACACUGGAAGAACAAAUGGUGGAAUUUGAAAGAAAGAAGAUGGAGGACAUCAAGACAGUGUUCAGUAAUUUCUUCCAUGGCCAGAUGUUGUUUCAUGCCAAAGCCUUGGAGCUUUAUACAGCUGCAUUUCAAAGUCUUAUUUCCAUGGAUGAGGAGCAAGACAUCGAGGCCUUCCAAAAUGAUCUUCAUCCUGCACUACCGCCCUCUCGACUGGACGUGGUGAAGAAUGGUUCCCAGACCUCACUCAACCGGUUUAGCUCCCAAGGCUCUCUCGGAUCACAGCAGUCACUUAACAGAACAGGGACAAGCGACAGAGGUGUAGAUAUUGACGAUUAUAACAGUGACUUCCAAUAACAGAUGCAAGUCAAGUUAAUGUGUUUUUUUCUGUAAAUCCAAACAAGUCCAACCUCGUCGUAGAUAUUAAUUUUCGAUUACCAGUACUUUUGGCCACUCAGAACAUAGCACGUGCACCACUUAUCACGGUGCAACGCCCUUGCGGAAGGAAGCGUCUCACGAGAAUGCGAGGCAAGCGCAAAGGCGAGGCACGAGCGAGAUGCGUUUAGAGAAAUGAUUAAAAAAUGAACCAUUGUCCCACCACAAGUCUCACGCUAGCCUCUUUGUCUUCCAGAGUAACUAUUAUAAGGAUUUUGUUUCGAACCAUGCUGCUACUUUUUCGUUACCGCAUAUUUUUCAUUGCUUUUCCACUCUAACUCGUGAACUAAACCAUAUAGUUAAGAUAUACGUGUACUUGUGUUUAGUCCUCCUGGUGUAGUUUUUGCUGUCUUUGGAGUAAUUUAAAGCAGUAAAGUAGCCAACCGUCAGAUUAAGCAACAUCUAGUUUCAACGUUCCCUUCCAACUCUUCCAUGCGGUACAAAUAGGUCUUAACGCUGCGCGAUUGGCUUAAAAAACUCGCACUACUUUCUCAUCCAAUCAGAAGUAAAACCAAAACGAAUCGUCACGCGCUC